AUUUUUUUUAAUUUGCAGGAGGCAAGAAAACAUCACCAUGAACACUCUGAACCAGCAGUAUGAGGAGAAGGUGCGUCCCUGCAUCGACCUCAUUGACUCUCUUCGCUCUCUGGGUGUAGAGAAGGAUUUAGCGCUGCCUGCUAUCGCCGUGAUCGGAGACCAGAGCUCGGGGAAGAGCUCCGUGUUGGAGGCGCUGUCCGGGGUGGCUCUGCCCAGAGGAAGUGGCAUUGUGACACGAUGUCCUCUUGAACUGAAGAUGAAGAAAAUGAGAGAAGGGGAGCAGUGGGCUGGAGUGAUCAGUUACCGUGACGUUAGGGAAGAGAUAGACGACCCUGCAGAUGUGGAUGAAAAAGUCAGAGAAGCUCAGAACAAAAUGGCUGGGAAAGGGGCGGGGAUCAGUGAUGAACUCAUCAGCCUGGAAAUCGCCUCUCCUGAUGUUCCAGAUCUGACGCUCAUUGAUCUGCCUGGCAUCACCAGGGUAGCUGUAAAGGAACAAUCGAAAGACAUUGGAGACCAGAUCAAGAGGCUGAUCCAGAAGUUUAUCAACAGACAAGAAACCAUCAGCUUGGUGGUUGUUCCGUGUAACGUGGACAUAGCGACCACAGAGGCCCUGAAGAUGGCCCAGGAGGUGGAUCCUGAUGGAGGGAGGACUCUGGGUAUCUUGACCAAGCCUGAUCUGGUGGACAAAGGCACAGAAGGGACGGUACUGGAAGUUGUCCAUAACGAGGUGAUCCACCUGAAGAAGGGCUACAUGAUCGUCAGGUGCAGGGGCCAGAAGGAGAUCACUGACCAGGUGUCUCUUCCUGAAGCGAUAGAAAGAGAGAAAGCCUUUUUUGAAGAUCAUCUGCAUUUCCAGAUUCUCUAUAACGAAGGCUAUGCCACUGUUCCCAAGCUGGCAGAAAAACUCACCCUUGAGCUGGUGCAUCAUAUCAAGAAAUCGCUGCCAAGACUGGAAGAGCAGAUAGAGAAUAAACUAAAGAAGACUCAGGCAGAGCUGGACAGAUACGGCAACGGACCCCCACCUGACGCGAGUGAGAAACUCGGCUUCCUCAUCGAUAGAGUCACAGCGUUCACACAGGAUGCUUUCAGCCUGACUUCAGGGGAGGAACUCAAAGGAGGAUCCAGGAUCAACAUAUUUUCUACUCUCAGGAAAGAGUUUACAGCCUGGAAAGAGUUGAUAGACCGCUCUGGAGUAAACUUCAACUGGACCAUUGAGAGAGAGGUGGCUCAGUAUGAAGGAAAGUACAGAGGAAGAGAACUGCCAGGUUUCAUCAACUACAAGACCUUUGAGGACAUGGUCAAAGAGCAGAUCAAACUACUGGAGGGGCCUGCAGUCCAGAAACUCAAAGAAGUGUCAGAAAUUGUGAAGAAAGAUCUGCAUAAGGUGGCAGAGGACAGCCUUGUUGGAUUUUCUAACCUCACCAAUAUAGCCAAGAUGAAGAUUGAAUCCAUCAGACAGGAGAAGGAGGUUGAAGCCGAGGCCAUGCUGAGGACUCAGUUUAAAAUGGAGGCAAUCGUUUACACUCAGGACACCACAUACAGCAAGAAGCUCGGGAAGAGGAAGAGGGAGGAAGAGCAGGCCAACGCAUCUCCUUUAAGUGUUUUAAAAAGCACAAGCACAGGGGGCGGAGCCACCUUGAAAGAGAUGAUCAGACAUCUUAAAUCCUACUAUCAAAUUGCCGGCCAGCGUCUGGCUGAUCAGAUCCCCCUGGUGAUCCGCUACCAGAUGCUGCAGCAGACUGCCAUCCAGCUGCAGAGGGAGAUGCUGCAGAUGCUUCAGGACAGGGAGAUAACGGAGACCAUGCUUCAAGAAGACCCGCACAUAAAAUCUAAGAGAAUCGACCUUCAGAAACGUCUCAAGCGCCUGUCAGAGGCUCGCGUUCUGUUAACUAAUUUUAGUAUGAACAUAUACAACUUCAAAGCAAAAGCAGUGAAACAACGAGAUGGUGCCAUGAAUGGUAGUCCUGUUGUUCCACUGAUCCUUCACCUGCAAUCAGGUGCAGAGAAACAAGGUGUUGGCCCAGUCAAACACCGAAAAUCAGGAAAACAUCAGCCCAAUGUGCGUUCCGAGGUCAAAAUGGUGUUUUGAUCAGCUGGUUUACCAAUUUAUCUCACAGGUAUGCAAAUCACUUGAGGUGUCCCCUUCUGCUAUAUCAGUCCAAAAUCAUCAGUCUACAAAAAAAAUACUUUUCAGCUUAGAUAUUUUUUAGCUUUGUCUAUUUAUAUGUUAGUACUUUCUGGAUGGGGAACAAAGGAGUCAAAAUGAGUCCUAUUCAAAUUCUUUAUUUUCUUUGCAGUUUUUACUCUUGACAUUAUUAUUCAUUCAUUUUAUUUAAAGUCUGUUCAAAUGAAGGAGUCGGGUUACAUUGUUAGAAGUUAUAUCCAUGUCUGAUUACAUUUAAAUGCAAUUUUUACUAUUUCAUUUUGCCAACAUUUAAUGAAUUAUUCCAGAAUUUUAAGAAAUAUUUGAAGUUUUCAUUCCAUAUUCUUAAGUCUUAGAAAACAAAGGACAUGAAAAAAAAAGGUUUGGUAACAAAGUUUCAUUCUUGUGUGUUUUAAGGUUUUGGCUGCCUCUGUAAGCCUCAUAUUUGGGCUUCGACAUGUUAACUUUAACAGAUAUCACUUUUUAAAGAAACUUCAUAUCUUUGUUCCAUAUUUUGUUAGAUGUUUACAACUUUACGUUAAUCCAGACAUUAAAACAAUGCCUUACAUUGUAAUCUAUGCAUAACCUUUCUUGUGAAAUAAAACUGAAAACAUGUAACAGG